CCAUGACUGGCAAGAAGGGGAAGCAGUGGAGGUCCAUGUGCAAAGGCCUGGUCCUGGGUACCCUCCUGACCAGUUGCAUGAUCCUGGUUUACUGCCUCUCCACUCCACAGACCCACUUCAGUCUGCCAGAGGUUCCAGUGCCUUACUCGUGUGCCCACCGUCCAUCCCAGGUGCACCCCAAACCAGCCACAAACAGCUCUAAACAAACCACUGGCCAGACCUGCACGCCUAAAGUGGAUAUCAUGUUCAUGAAGACCCACAAAACAGCCAGCAGCACCUUCCUCAACAUCCUUUUCCGAUUUGGAGAGAAGCAUCGGCUUAAAUUUGCCUUUCCUAACAGCAGAAAUGACUUCUUUUAUCCGUCUCUCUUCCAGCGCUCGCAGGUUAAGGACUAUAGACCUGGAAUGUGCUUUAAUGUUAUCUGUAAUCACAUGCGCUUCAAUGCACCUGAGGUGGCCAAGCUACUACCUAUGGACACUUCCUACAUCACUAUUCUGCGAGACCCUGCAGAGCUUUUUGAAUCAUCCUUCCACUACUUUGGCCGGCUAGUACCCUUUACCUGGAAGAUACCAGGUGAUGACAAGCUGACUGAGUUUCUACGUGACCCCCGUUACUACUUUGAUCCAGAGGGCUUCAAUUCUUUCUACCUCAAGAAUCUGCUGUUCUUCGACUUUGGACAGGACAACACUCUGGAACUUGAUGAUCCGCGAGUAGAAGAGGGAAUCAAAUUCAUUACUGACCGUUUUCAGCUUGUCAUGUUGGUGGAAUACUUUGAGGAAUCCCUCAUCCUGCUUAAGGAUGCCCUCUGCUGGGAGAUGGAUGACUUGCUCUUCUUCAAGCUCAAUGCCCGCAAGGGAUCCACUGUGUCUAAACUGACCCCUGAGCUGAGGGCCAGGGCUCUUGAGUGGAACCCUAUUGACUGGAAGCUGUACCAACAUUUCAACCAGACUUUCUGGAAGAAAGUAGAUGCAUAUGGACGUCAGCGGAUGGCUGAGGAUGUGGCAGAGCUCAGGGGAAGGAACAAGGAGAUGGCAUCCAUCUGCAUUGAGGGCGGUCAUGCUGUAGAAGCUGGCAGCAUCCAAGAGACGGCCAUGCAACCCUGGCAGCCCAUCGGAGAGAAGUCCAUCAUGGGCUAUAACAUGAAAAAAAAUGUGGACAAGGCACAUCGGAAGUUGUGCCGCAAGAUGUUGAUGCCAGAGCUUCAGUACUUAACAGAGCUAGGGGUUAACCUGUGGAUCACCAAGCUGUGGGGCCAUAUCCGAGAUAUCAUUAACUGGUGACUAGGUGUGCGAGCAAGAGGGGCCAACUCAACUCUGACAGACUGUAUUAUAAGUAUGGGAAUCUGACUGUGUGGCUGAUAGAAGGAAAGGUGAAAGGUUUCUGUCAUGUCAAUCUUACGAUCAGUCUCAUUUUGUUGAAAUGUAUUCACAUCAACUUGUUUGCAUUUCAUAUGAUUGUGCACUGUGGUGUAUCUGAUGGGUGCUUGAGAGAAAAAAAAUACAUUAUAGACCUCGCAAUCUAUAAAUACUGAACCAGUUUACUGCAUGCAGGCAAGGCUUAGUAUUGUUCUCUAUGUUUGUGAGUGCUUGGGGAUGUGAGCUAAUGGAGUAGAUGAAUGAAGAAUUAAGUUUAAGACUAAUUUUAUAAGCCCUUUAAUGGAAUAAAGACCAAAAUCUUGCUAUCUCUGCCAAAUUUUUAGGGUGUUUGAACACGGAAAGAAUAAAUAGUACUUCAUUUUGAGCUAAAUAAUGUCAAUAAUGUCUCAAAGUUUCAAAGAAACUGAAGACCCACGAAGGGCUCAUGUCGAGAUGCAAAGAUGGCAAAUGUAAGUAUUAUAUCCUGCUUUACUGUCUAUGGAGGACAAAAUCAACCAUGAUUUAAGAAAAAUAGAUGAGCAAAUACAGAUCUUUCUAAUCACAGAUAUUUUUUUUCACUUGUAAUACCAUGGAAAGCACAGAUACAACUAAUAACAUUAACAAUUGCUCUGUCCCAAUACCCCGGACAUGCUACAAAUCAAAUGUCAUAAGCAGGCAUUGAUAAGAAGAUAUCUGUCAUAAAAAUGGUCUGAUAAAUAAUAUGCCCAUCAAUAAAUUAAAUAGGUAGUACAACACUAUGCAAUCAAGAAGAAUAAUUUUAUUGCCCAUUUAUUUUCCUUGUCAGUCAACAAAUGAUAUAGGUUGAGUCUGACAUUACAUUUUUCUUUUUCAAGGCACUUUGCCGUUGAUAUGACUAAUCCUAAUGACAUUCGCCCUGACCUGGUGUUGUGGCAGGCACGCUGAUGAUGUGGUGGGACUUUGUUGCAUGAGCCAAAAAUAAAAUUCACUGUUAGCCAAGUAAGGUAAAUCCUAUGUAGUAAGGCACCAUGACAGUGACUAACAGUGUUAAAUGCCACUUACAUGUGUUUACACAGCCGUUCUAAUAGAGAAACGAAAAUACACAUUUUCUGUUUCUGCACUAUAUCCCUCAUUUAUUGCUUAAUUUGUCACCAUUCACUUAUGUUACGUUUUAUCCACGUUUUUACCCAUACUGUAUUUCUAUGCUUUUAGUAUUCUGUUUAUUGUGUAUUUGAUAUGUCAUGGUGUCAGUCAUUGAUUGAUUCAUUUGUAAUUUACUGAUUUUGUCCUCCAUAUACCUCCCCAUUUCUCAUGGCAAUGUAUCUUUUUAUCCACAAAAUAAAAUGAAAAUUACAUGUAAUAUUGCAUGUAUUAAAUGUUUUGUCUCAGUCAUAAAACUGACAGCUUCAACUCUGUGACUUUAAUUCUUAUUACUGUCUGUAAUGAAGGUUGUUCUUGGUUUCUAAUAUAUGGAUGUAUAAGAUAUCCAUCUUUGAUUAAAAUAUAUGUAGCCAUUCUUGCCUAAGUAUAAACCCGUGCUCGCAGUCGGGUCAGAAGGUCCCCGCUGGUUGUAAAAAUAAAACAAAACACAAGUAUAACAGAAAAAUAAAAGUCCAAGGAGGGUGAGUAUUUCUUAUAAAAACUUUAUAAUCACAACAAUUAAACACUC